AUCGUGGGGAAUGUGCUGGUCGUCAUAGCUGUGCUCACCAGCCGGGCGCUGAGAGCUCCUCAGAAUCUCUUCUUGGUGUCCCUGGCCAGCGCGGACAUCCUGGUGGCUACUUUGGUCAUGCCUUUUUCCUUAGCAAACGAGCUUAUGAAUUAUUGGUACUUUGGCAAGGCUUGGUGUAACAUUUACCUGGCGCUGGAUGUGCUCUUCUGUACCUCGUCCAUUGUCCACCUGUGUGCCAUCAGCCUCGACAGGUAUUGGUCGGUCACACAGGCGGUGGAGGACAACCUCAAACGGACACCCCGGCGGAUCAAGGCCAUCAUCCUCACCGUCUGGCUCAUUUCAGCCAUCAUCUCCUUCCCGCCAUUGAUCUCCGUGUACCGGGACCCCGAAGGAGAUGUCUUUCCCCAGUGCAAGCUCAAUGACGAGACAUGGUACAUCCUUUCUUCUUGCAUUGGCUCUUUCUUUGCCCCCUGCCUCAUCAUGGUGUUGGUCUAUAUCCGCAUCUACCGCGUGGCCAAGCUAAGGACCAGGACCCUCUCUGAGAAGCGUACGAUGCCGGAGGGGUCCUCCCAGACUGAGAAUGGCUUGAGCCGUGCUGCUGCCGGCUGCACGUCCCUGAGGAUGCAGCUGGGAGAGAAUGGACAUUAUUCGGUGCACCACUGGCGCAAAGCCUCUGAGCUGGAGGACAUUGAGCUGGAGGAGAGCAGCACCUCAGAGAGCAGGCGGAGGCGGAGCCGGGAGGAGCAUCCCCGCAAAAGCAGCAAGAGCCAGUCCUUCUCCUACUCAUACUCCUCCAAGCACUCUAGUAGCCGUCUGUCCCGCGCCAGCAAUCGCUCCAUGCAGUUUUUCUCAUAUCGCCGUCGCCGGAAGCGUAGCAGCAUCUGCCGUAAGAAAGUUGCCCAGGCCCGGGAGAAACGCUUCACUUUUGUGCUGGCUGUGGUCAUGGGGGUCUUUGUAGUUUGUUGGUUCCCUUUCUUCUUCAGCUACAGCCUCUAUGGUAUUUGCCGGGAGGCAUGUGAGGUCCCCGAGACUCUCUUCAAGUUCUUCUUCUGGAUUGGGUAUUGCAAUAGCUCCCUCAACCCAGUCAUCUAUACCAUCUUCAACCAGGACUUCCGCAGGUCCUUUAAACACAUUCUUUUUAAGAAGAAGAAGAAGAACUUCCGGCAUUGAGCUGGAGGGAUGGAUUUGCCUUGAGCAGGAGUAGAGUUAAAAGAGAAGGCUCUGUGCUGGAAAAGAAGGGAGGGAAGAGAACAUGGGGCUUGGGCUUAGGGAGAAGGAAGAGGGCUUGCCCCCUCAGUGGAGCGGAGUGAAUGCUGCGGGAUGUGGGGACGGUGUCAGAGAGGCUGAGGGCAAUCACUGUGGUGCAGAAUGGUGACAUGGUGCUGGAGGAGCAGUGCUGGAGUGUGGAUGGGUAAAUGGAGAGGGGAGUGAUUGUCUUUGAACCCUGAUGGGGAGGGGAUGGGGAGCCCGCAGAGGAAAACAGGCUAAG